AAAGCCCUCCUGGCAUGUUUCAGAAGCUCAUCGAACUGACAGGCUCUCUGCAACGUUUCUCUCUGAUAGAUCUAAUUAGUUGUUAUAAAAGUAUUUAAGAGAAAAAAGCAGGUACAUUAUGGGGGCAUCUUCAUCUGGCUUGUUGGAUGAGACCAAAAUCAGCCACAUCAAAGGACUUGUUGAAAGUUCCCUCCAAAGCUUCAGUGGGUUUUACCAUCAGCAGCAUGCGGUCGCCUACUUUACACACCUGCAGCAGGAGGUGGAGCCCAAGAAGGAGGGGUGGGGCUUAUUGUUGACCCAAAGGCCUCAGUACUCUCCAGAGGAGGUGCUCUACCAAAGCAGUGUGAAGUUCUCCUGCUGGGAUGAGCAGGGAAAGAAAUGUAGAGAGAGAUAUGUCGUUCUGAGGAGAAACUACAGCCUGGAGAUAUAUGACACACAGGAGGCUUUCAGUCGCGGCGGUGCAGCGAAGAUGGUCUUCCAGCCAGCAGGAGCCAGUGUUUUCACCACAGAGGAAGAGUCCAGAGCUCACCUGGAGAAAACCUGUGCUGGGAUUCUCAAUGGAGUGAAAGAGGACUCCUCUUCCGGCGUGCCGUCUCCAGAUGUGUCCGCUGUGUAUCUGCACCUCCCUCACAGAGGCUACACCUGCUUUCUGUUUCAACAAGAGGAGGAACGAGACCACUUCCUUUCUGCCCUCAAGACCUGCAUUCGGCACUGCAACCUUGACCCCUGGAGUGACUCGUCAUAUGAGAGUCAAGCAUUCGCCCGAGCCCUGCGGUUGUACCGGCAGGACAAGGGAUGCUAUGAAUCCUGGGAAAUUCUUCUGGGCACCGAGGGGCAGGUGCUGGCCUCGCAGGUGAUGGAGGAAGUGUUGCCAUGGUUACAGAGCCAGCUCCAGUCCCGAGUGAAAGGCAAGAAGACUGAAAGGAUACGACUGUGGCUAGCAACAGUGCAGGCCACCUACAUGCUGGUGCUGGAACAGGUGAACACAAGUCUGGAGGCUCUGAGGGCCGAGUGUCGUCAAACAGCAUCAGCCAAUCAGACCCUCAUCAGAUCCAAUCUGGACCAGAUAACGUCCUCUCUGCGCUUCCUGGAGCAGAAAGUCAGAGAUGCAAUUUGUGAGGAAGCAGAGAAAGUGUGCAGUGAGUCUGUGUCGCCCUACAUGUCCUCCAUCCUUGAAGUGCUCACAGAGCAUGUGAGUGCAGGGGUCACCGGGAUGAGAGACACUCUGCACUCUCAGAUGAACUCGGCUUUCGCAAACUCAAACGGAGGAGCAGAGAAGCUACAGAAGGCCUUGUCCAGCCUGAGCUCCAUCAGUCUGGAUGAGUGCUACAAGCAGGUGGACGGGUUCUCCGAGAAAGUGGAUUUGAAGCAGCGUUUUGGAUUGAGCAGCACCCAGAGGCUGCUUCACUCUGCUCACAUGGAGAUACAGAAGCUGCAGGACAGUGCGGUCUACACACUGGAGAAGUAUCUACAGUCAUCAGCCAAACAGUCUUCUCGGGUCCCUGUGAAGAUGGAGAGAGCUAAAGAAAGAGUGCUGAAGCAGCUGGAUUACGACAGCAGGGUGGUUCAGAGGAGGCUCUAUGAAGAAGCUCUGCUGGAGAUCGCUCUGCCCUGCCUCACCAGACAGAUGGACAACAAGUGGAAAACUGAGCUGCAGCAGUUUGAGCAGUACAUUUUCUCCGACAACAGCAGCUUUAUUCUGGUGCAAAAUAUCUACAACGAUGCUCUGCGAACCAUCCUCAGCGAAGAGAUAAUGAAAGUGGUGCAGGAUGCUGCCGGUAAGAAGAGCAACAGUCUCCAUUUAGACGUCUCAGAUCUGGCUCUGAGUCAGUACAGCCUGCUGGAGCCGACUCCCCCUCGCUCUGCACCGGGCAGCCCAGCCAUUCAAGUUCGAGAACUCUCCUCAGCGGGAACCAGUGACCAUCAUCAAGCCGCCGCCGUGCUGGACGACAGAGGCCAAGCAGCUGAUGCUGACCCUCAGCUCGAACCAAAACUUGGCGCUGAUGCAAAGUCUGAACAAAGUGCUCCAAAUAUGCCCGAGCAGGGCGUAGUGCUGAACUCUCCCAUGCUUCUCGUUACACAGUUUGAAGACCCUAAAAGCAAAGAGGCUUCAUGCACCAACCAAACAAGUGAAGAGGUCCAGAUUGGCACUGAUGAGCCAUCGAAAGCAACGGAGUCGGUUGAAUGUAGCAGCUGUGAAGCUGCUGUUACACAUGACGUCAAUACACCCAGUCCACCUGCUGACCUGGAAGCAGUGAUCACACACACUCCUGAGUCCUCUCCUCUGGUUUCACCUCAGUCUGAAGAUUCCCAGGCUGCAGCCCCUCAGAUCUCUGUUUCACCCGAGCCCUGCGCAGUGCUCCCUGUGAUGGCUGCAGCAGAUCAGCGCGAUGAGUCUGAAAACAGAGAAACAGGCAUCAAGAACACAGAUGAAGUCCAGACUGGAGCUAGUGAUCGAUCAGCAGCGGCAGAAGCAGAUGAAUCGUCCCAUUCUGAAUCAGCUGCCACAGAUGAUGCGUGUACGGUUGCUGAAGCGGAGGUUGAGAUCACAGGUUCUCCUGAUCCAUCCCUCCUGGCGUCACCAGAGCCUCCGAAUGCCCAAGCUGGAUGUGAUCAGCCUGCAAUGGAAGAAAGCUGUGUUCCCCUCAGUCCCGCCAUGUCAGAUGAACUCUCAAAGGAGGUCGUUCCCACCCAGCUGCCAUCACCUGGCGCAGAGAGUUCUGGAAUCAGCCUGGGCUCCCUGAGUGAGGCCAUUUGCUGCAGCUCCGCACAGACUUCUGUUCCUCAGACGGCGGUGAAGGAAAGGACUGACAGAGCCGUUUACCUGACCGGGGAAAUUAAAAACAACUGGUUGUUGGAGAGGCUGAGUGAGGAGAAACAGAAAGAGGCUGCGGAGGUAUCUGGAAAGGAGGUGAAUGACGGGGCGAAAGAGGAAGCAGAGAAAGAAGAGGAGAGAGAUGUAGCUCAAAUAGAGAAUGAGGCCGUUGAUGAAGGGUACAGAUCCUCUGGUUCACCAGCAGAGAGCACCACUGCCUUAACCACGCAGAGAGAAGAAGCCGAAGACGGGCUAAACGAUGGAGAAACUGGUGCUGAGAUGGAAGCGGAGCUCAAAAAAGAUGUGGAAAAAGAGGGAAACCAUGCUGAGGGAGAGAAGGUCUCCGAGGAAGAAGCUCUCCAGAGUCCUCCGCCAACAGGAUCAGAUCCAGACUCUGCUCCUGAGCUGCUGCCCGACAGCGUGGCUGUCAUCAGAGGACUGGUGACUGAGAUCACUGAGGUGGAGGAAAUAAUCACCCCCCCAUCCUCACAGAGCACGCUCUGAGAAGAGCAAGAACGAGUUCCUGCUGUCCGUCAGUUCAACUUAAAUCAACUUAUCAGUUUCUUAUUAAUUGGAAUUCAACAUGUAAAAAAUGUAGAGGGGACUCCUGAUAGAAAGUUGCAUUCUUUUUAAACAAAUUUCCUACCUUAUGAUAUAAAAAAGGUGUUUUCAAAAAGUAUGAAGAAUUUUCUGUAAUAAAGCAUAAAACGAUGUCCACAUGG